AUUCGCUUGUCAAAAACUCCGGGGCCAAAUAGGGCAGAUGUGACGUAGCAUAUACAUCAUAUAUAGACGAAAUGUCGUCGAAGUUACAGGGCAUGGAAAGGACACCAGUUAUGAAUCAGGUAACCCAGGUAGGUAGGCAACCAGAAUCUCUUCAUAGCAUGAUCAUAGGUCGCCUCUUGAUCUGUUCAACCAUAAUUCGUUAAUUGUCGAAGUAGCCCAUCCAAAAUGCCUGUUGCUGAUCGCUGAGAGCACCAACCUCAUCUGUUGAUAAAUAUGGAUGACAACCCAAGUUCGUCUUCGUCUUCUGCAGGCCGACUUCGGGCUCUUCUGCCAGGCCCAACUCGAGAAGGAGGCUCACCCAGGCCUCCACCCAAGCUGAAUAUACCCAAGAGAAUAUCUGUCAAGACUGCAUGCCAGGCUUGCAGACAACGCAAAGCCAAGUGCAAUGGCCAAAGGCCAAGGUGUUCUGGCUGUAUUACUGCUGGUAGAGAAUGUCACUAUGCCAGCAACCACUACGAAGCCGAGGCUGCAGCAAUAAAACGAAAGCACGAUGAACUAAAAGAAAGAAUCCUUGAUCACGAGAGUCUUUACUCUUCGCUCAAGACCAGAGAGCCUCAUGAGACAGACGAGAUACUACGGAGAAUACGGGCCGGAAAGGACGUCAAAGGCGUGACUGAGGACCUUCAGGGAGGGAGUUCAGCCGCUCCCACGUCUCGGAAACAGGAAAAUCCUCUUCUACGAAGCAGUAGCGAUAAUACUUCAAACAGUGCUACAACGUCCGGAAGCGCCAGCUCGCCAACAUUCUCUGCGACACGCAUGAGCCUUUCCCAACCUCAACAGCAGACACGGGCCAGACUCACAUCUUUAAACGACCAACCUGGCAGCCUAUUUGAGGGAGCCUGGCGAGAAUCUCAGGGCAGAGCCUCUGACGACUCUGCAUCCAUUGAUCUCCAAGGGCAUAUACUCCCUUUUUCGCGAUGGACCAACGUCAUACAAGAUGACAAGUUUCUAAGCCACUUACUGCUAUUGUUCUGGACGUGGGACACAUCAUGUAACCGUAUUAUCGACCGAACUAUCUUCGAAGACGACCUAAAGAACCUCGACCCAACGGCAACAGGCGUGCCCUCAGCACUGCGAUUCUGCUCACCAUUUCUCGUCAAUGCAAUUUUGGCCGUUAGUUGCCUAUAUACGACGAAUCCGAUUACAUUCAGCAUACCAGACGAACUCAGUACCCGAGGACAGGUAUUUGCCCAAGAAGCCAUCCAGUGUUUGAAGCAGGAAGAUACAAGGCCUUCAUUACCGGUGGCACAGGGUCUGGCGCUUAUGUAUGUGUAUGAAGGCGCCCUAGGCAACGGAGAAACGGCGCUCGGGUUCCACAGGCUUAUGCAGUCACGGUAUAUGGCGCUGAGACUUGAUGAUAUUUAUCGUUCUACGGAUACUGCUAUUGCGGGCUCGAGACAGAGGGCCGAAGCACAUGCGUUGUCUUGGAUACAAUGGGGUUUCUAUGUUUGGGACUGGAAACCAAUGCACGGUCUAUGUCGUCGUCUCGUUAUCAAGAAGCCUGCACGAGAUAGAACGUGGCAAGAAGAAAGCUCACCAGUGAAUAGAACCGAGAAUCCAGAGUAUUGGUGGUUCUCAUAUCCUGUGUCCGUAGCACCCCGGCGGUCGAUGAAGCGUGAGAUAUUCGAGGCCGAAUGUAACUUGACCGAAAUAACAGAGCAGGUUCUCGAGUUCCUUAUUCCCUUGGAGCAGGGAGUUUCACCGUCUCGAAAUACCGGACGUGCUGUACAGUUGUACUCUAAAAUCAUGGAGUGGAAGUUCUCCUUGCCUGAAGAGCUAAGGGCUGAGAAUGCAGUUCUGCCUGCUGCUAUACUACUACAGUAAGUCUUUACCAGAACGAUGCAGAGCAUUAUUGGUAACGGCUAUGUAUCUAGUAUAAGCGCGGAUCUUGUAGUAAUCAGCGUUCUUCAACCCUUCGACCAUAUUCCCAAAUCGGUCUUCGGCCCCUUCAUUCCACGCCUUACCUCCUACGCCCAUGCAACAAACGCCAUGUCAACGAUCUGGCACUUCCGCGCUCUAUACACGAUCCACAACGAACACUGGUUUAUCCAAGCAUGCUCCGCCUGCGCUUUCAAAGUCCUGUUCGCCAUUGAAGAGAGCCCUGUCCAACUCGAAACAUUCGUAAAAGCGUGUCGAGCCCUCAUGGAGCUCCGAGAAGCGUUCCCUGUGGCGGAGGAAGUCAUAUACUCUAUUGAGUCGGUAGUAAAGAACAAGAAGGUAAAUCUACCUUCGUAUGCGAGGGACUAUAUGCCUAACCGUGCUGGAGAUGGUGUUGGGGACCUGAAGGGUGUCAGGGUAAGGGAUCAUAGUGUUAUUGUUGAGAAUGCUAGUUCGGAUGGGAGUGAAGAUCGGUUGACUAUGACGGGUCUGCUUUCAACAUUGACUCCUAGUGAAACGGGACUGUAUUAGUUUAUAUAAACAGGUUAUGUGCAUGCAUAUCUAGAUGGCCAGGUUGGCGUUACCAGACGGUCAAGGCGGGGCGGCGCAUAAGUGUUUGUUGUUGGAUAUAUAUAUAUAUGUAUGUGUUGCGAUACGCUUUUACAGUAAGGAGGGUCUGGUUUGCAAGCCUCUUCGCUAAACACAAAUACUUCGCACUUGACAAAUACAAAUCAUUCAAUUUGA